AUGCAAAAUGCAGUACUUGUAGCUGUAAACAAUUCAUUACAGCAAAAUGAACAAAAAGAACGAAGAAUAAAUGUGCCGAGAAAUCGUGAAGCAGCUCACAACAAUUUAGUUUCAGAUUACUUAUGCACUAACCAAUGCGACCAUGCGUCUUGGUGCUUCACCCCUUCAGAAUUGCUCAAAAGUACGUUAGCUUAUGGUUGUUCUGCUGAUCAAGUAGAUGAGUAUCUGAAGCUCGGUGAAAGCACUGCUAGAGAAUGUCUUGCACAGUUUGUCGAUGGAGUAAUUGCUCAAUUUGCAAUUGAGUACCUUCGCAAGCCAACAUUGGAAGAUAUCCAACGCUUCCUUAGAGAAGGGGAGGAUAGAGGUUUCCCUGGCAUGAUGGGCAACAUUGAUUGCAUGCAUUGGGUCUGGAAAAAUUGUCCAACUGGAUGGAAAGGAAUGUAUCAAGGAAGAUCUAAAAUGACGACUGUUAUUUUACAAGUGAUUGCUUCCAGGGAUUUAUGGAUUUGGCACGCCUGCUGUGGGACGCCUGGAUCCUGCAACGACAUUAAUGUACUUCAACAUUAUCCGGUGUUUGAUGAUAUAAUAAAUAAUCGUGCUCCACAAGUUCUGUUCAUUGUUAGCAGAGAUAACUACAACAAAGGGUAUUAUCUCAUAGAUGGGAUUUAUCCAAAAUGGUCGACAUUCAUAGACGUUAUUGCAGCCGCACAAACCUUAAAGGAUAAAUUGUUCACUACACGUCAAGAGAGUGCUAGAAAGGAUGUUGAGUGUGCAUUUGGGGUGUUACAAGCUCGGUUUGCAAUAAUUAGGAAGCCUGCUUUGGCAUGGAGUGUAAAGUUGAUGUGGAAAAUCAUGAUGACUUGCAUCAUCAUCCACAACAUGAUAGUUGAAGACGAGCGUGAUACAUAUUUUAACUAUAAAGAUCCACUUGAAUUCGCCCAAGAACAGCCUGAAAAUAUGUCAGGGUUGUCCUCAACCAGAAUUGCAACAAUAUUUACCGUAACUCCUGGGCCGUAUGAUCCUGAUAAUUUUUGUAGAUUGAUAGCUUCAAGAGGGGAGAUUCGUGAUAGACAAGUUCAUGAGGGAUUAAAGAACGACUUGGUUGAGCGUUUAUGGGAAAAAUCAAGGAGCUCGGUUGAAAAUUAG